AUGCCAAGAAAGCCCGUGUUUGGAUUUUACGAUUCGUGGGCACGAUUUCGCAAUGGGAGAGGCAAAUGCGAUGUGGACGACAUCGCCAGAAGUGUGAACCUUUGCACACAUUUAAUCUACGCAUAUGCGGACCUGGACCAUAGUGGAUCGGUUGAGCAUCAGGAUGAGAAUGAGCGGCGUACGAUGCGUCAAUUCAACGAUUUGCGCAACAAAAAUCCCAAUCUGAAAACACUCGCAUCUUUCGGCGGUGCCCGUCAUUGUGGAACCUUUUCCAGUGUGGCCGCUAACAAGCAGCAGAGGUCUACUUUUGCUAGAAAUGUGCGCAUAUUUUGUACCACCUAUGGUUUCAAUGGUGUCAACAUCUAUUGGCAGUUUCCAACAACUGACCGCGAUCGUGCCAACUUCGUAGAGCUGCUGGCCGCACUUUCGUCGGAGCUGCACGGUCACGGACUGUUGAUAACCGCUUCAGUUGGUGUGAACCGUGAGUAUGACGUGGCCGGUAUUGCCCGUCAAGUGGACUACAUCCUUUUGAACACCUUCGAUUACAAUGGUGCGUGGGAUAGCUAUACGGGCCAUAAUGCACCACUCACCUGGGCACAGGUAGAAUCGGACUACCAGAGAAAACUGAACGUUAAGGAAAGUGUCAACUAUUGGGUUCGAGGCGGUGCUCCACGGUCGAAGCUAAUCGUCGGAUUAGCUGCAUAUGGGCGUACGUUUACCCUGUCCAACAGCGGUAUUCACGGAACGCGAGCAAAUGCCACCGGUGCAGGUCGAUCGGGAGUUUUCACACAAGAAGACGGAACAUUGGCGUAUUACGAGGUGCAGGACGACUUUAGCUCGGGUCGCGUUUGGGACAGUGAACAGUGCGUACCUUACGCGGUGUUUGGCGAUCAAUGGGUAAGCUACGAUGAUCCGCAAAGUAUUCGAUUGAAGUGCGAAUAUAUUCAAAGCGAAGAUCUCGGUGGUGCAAUGAUGUGGACCAUUGAUCAGGAUGAGUUCCAAGACGGAUUCACACUGCUGCGUACGGUAGCUCAAUGUUUGUAG